AUAUUUCAGAACAAUAUGGGGAAAAUAUUAUCAAAAAUCUUUGGCAAUAAGGAAAUGAGGAUAUUAAUGCUUGGUUUGGAUGCAGCUGGAAAAACAACUGUUUUAUACAAAUUAAAGCUUGGUCAGUCGGUCACAACUAUACCUACAGUUGGAUUCAAUGUUGAAACAGUCACUUAUAAGAAUGUUAAAUUCAAUGUGUGGGAUGUUGGUGGACAAGACAAAAUCCGUCCGCUUUGGAGGCAUUAUUAUGCUGGUACUCAAGGACUUAUUUUUGUAGUUGAUUGUGCUGACCAUGAAAGAAUUGAAGAAUCAAAGUUGGAGCUGCAUAGAAUAAUUAAUGAUAGAGAAAUGCGAGAUGCAGUUAUUUUAAUAUUUGCAAAUAAACAAGAUUUGCCAGAUGCAAUGAAGCCUCAUGAAAUUCAGGAAAAACUAGGCCUUACUCGAUUAGGUGGAGAUCGAAAGUGGCACAUACAACCUUCUUGUGCGACGACAGGUGAUGGUUUAUACGAAGGCUUAAUGUGGCUAACAUCAAGUAGUAAAGGUUAA